CCACCGUAGGUGACAGUUGUCGAUAUUGACAUAUGGCAGACGUACCACGAUAAAGAACGUGUGAAGAUUUGAAUAUAUUUUCUGGUGUUAAAGUACUUGAUCUCAACUCGAGGUAAAAGGAAGCCAAACGCUGUGUGAAACUUUUUGUAAAUUAAAAAUAAUUAACACCGAAAGACAAAAUGACCAGCUCGGAGGGUUUAUCAAUUUGGAGCAAACGCUAUCGUAUGCAAAUAUUGGUUACCAUUGUGGCCCACAUUAUUACCUUCACUCAUGGCAUCAGUUUGGGUUGGCUCUCGCCCAUUAUACAAGUGCUACAAUCGCCUGAUUCACCGUUGAGCUUUACGAUUACCACCGAACAAGUAUCGUGGAUUGGUUCGCUUUUCGGUAUCGGCUUUCUGGUGGGCAAUAUUUUCUUUGGACUCACAUUGGAUCGACUGGGAAGAAAACUCAACAUGUAUUUGCUGGCAAUACCACAUAUGCUAUUCUGGAUUCUGAGCUAUACGGCACAGAACAUCGAUUAUCUCUAUGCUGGACGUUUCUUUGCCGGCUUCACAAGCAGCGGCAUGUAUGUGAUCAUACCAAUUUUCAUUAGCGAGUUAUCAGACAAAGAAAUACGAGGCGCCCUUACGGCCAUGGCGAUGGGUUUCCUCAGCACCGGCAUUUUGCUUGGCUACGCGCUGCCCGCAUAUCUUGAUUACUACUUGGUGCCUUGCAUUAUAAUUGUAUUGCCCAUUCUGUACUUCGUUGCCUGUUUGGUAUUUCCGGAAACGCCACAAUAUCUGAUGAAACGUGGACAUACCGAAAAGGCUGAGAAAUCUUUUAAUUUCUACAAAGGUCUACCCAAGUUGGAAGAAGAUUCACAUCAAAAAUUUAAUAGAGACCUGGAACUGCCACAACCGGCUGUAGCAACGAAUAGCGAAUUCGAAGAACUUAAAACGGCUGUACUAUCUGGUGGGCUGGCCACGCCUAUCACGAUUAAAGAUUUUUUCACCAAGUCGGCCAUGUUUAAAUUUUUCACCGCUUUCAUUGUGUGCAUUCUGAAUCAGUUCUCCAGCAGCUUUGUCUUCGUCAGCUAUAUGUCUGCGAUUUUUGCCUCCUCCGGUUCGACGAUGGAUCCCAACGAGUGCACUAUAUAUAUGGGCGUUGUUGAGAUAGCGGGAACUGUUACUUCAACGGUACUUGUGGAACGUUUUGGUCGGAAAGUUCUCUUGCUUUCCUCUACAGCCGGCAUGGCGGCGUCCAUGUUUGCUUUCGGCAUUUUCGUACAAUUCACCGAUGAAGCGACCAAAGCACAAUACGACUGGGCGCCGCUGGUAUUAAUGGCGUUGGUGGUGUAUACGGCGGCAUUCGGAAUUGUGGGGCUGACAUAUACGAUAAUUGUGGAAAUAUUGCCAGCCAAGAUUCGCGGUCAAGCUCAAGCGAUCAGCAUGGUGUUCAUGAGCAUCUGUGUGUUUGGUGCACUGCAUCUCUACCCCAUGUUCCUCUACAACUAUGGACUGCCCAUCACAAUGUACUCCUGCACCGGUGUUUGUGUUGUUUGCGGCAUUUAUCUUAUAAUUUUCCUCGAAGAGACCAGAGGUAAAUCUAUGGAGCAGGAUUAGUUGGUUGAAGACGUAAGAAUCUAAUACGUAUACAUCCAAGGAAUCUCUUCACAAAUUUAAUGCAUUCGUUCUAGAUGCAAUUGCAGAUACAUCUCCAUAUUUAAUUGUUUUGUUAUUGUAAUUUAUCACAUUUUUCUAGUAAAAUAUACGAAGGUGUAAAUUUAAGUAAAUAUACUGUGUCA